AAUUUGUUUAAUACCCUCUCCGCUGUUUGUUUUGUUUUUUAAUGUGCGUGGUUAUUUUAAACCGGUGAAGUUCAUGCGUCAACAUGCCUGUAAGACGCGGUCAUGUUGCGCUCCAAAACACAUAUUUGGACACAAUCAUCAAGAAAUUCGACGAACGAAAUCGCAAGUUUCUGAUCGCCAAUGCCCAGAUGAAGAACUGUGGGAUCAUUUACUGCAAUGAAGGUUUCUGCCAGAUGUUCGGCUUCACCCGGGCAGAGAUCAUGCAGCAGCCCUGCACCUGCCAAUUCUUGGUUGGUCCUGGCACCAUGAAGAGCGCCCUGGCCCAGUUAGCGCAGGCCCUGCUUGGGUCCGAGGAGCGCAAGGUGGAGAUCCUCUACUACUCCAAGGAAGGGAUUUGUCGACCCUGCCGAGUGGAUAUCGUACCUGUCAAAAACGAGAAAGGCCAUGUGAUAAUGUUCAUCCUCGACUUCCAGGAGCUCAUUGACCCUUCGCUCAAGAAGUCAGGCUUAAGGCAGAGAGUCACCCAAGGAUGGCUUUACUGUCAGAACCGCCGGCUGAAGAUGAGACUACCAGAACUUCGCUCCCUGCAAAGGCCGUCGCUGGCCAAAGAUCAGUGCGAAGGGGUGGUGGUGGAUUACCUGCAGCCGCGCAGCGAGGACAUCCCUCUGAAGGAGUUUCGGAUCCCUUCGAAGGAGAGCUGCAUGCAGUCUGAGACUGAGGCUUUAAUCGAACAGGACCUGGAUCCCCCCUCGCCUGCUGCUCAGUCCUUCACCAAACGGCGCUCAUUGCUGGCGGAGCGGCUGGACCCCAGCAUCUCCUUCACCAGGGGGGCGCUGCCUCGAAGCUGCUCCAAUGAGAGCGUCCGCAGCCUGAGGCGGGCCUCGUCUCUGGAUGACAUUGACGGCAUGAAAGCGGAGUGGAACAGUCGACCCGGGGAAAUCCGAACCCACAGCAACCUGAAGCCCAGCGCUUUGAACUCCACCUCCGACUCAGAUCUUAUCAGACACAGAACCAUCGGACGCAUCCCGCAGGUCACCCUCACCUUCGGCUCAGACCGACUCAGACCGCCCUCGCCUACUGAGAUUGAAAUCAUUGCGCCCAGCAAGGUCAAAGACCGAACCCAGAACGUCACUGAAAAGGUCACUCAGGUCACGCAGGUGAGAUCUUUCUUCUUCUUUUUGUUUGGAGUCGCCGCAGAAAAGGAGAACUGAUAUGUUUUUGUUUCUUGUUGAUCAUUGAAAUAAAUGUCAACUAAUUUAGU